CGUCGAGCCAUGUUGUAGGAAAUCCGCUUGCGGCGGAUUAUUGUAAUCCGACAGCGGUCUGGAGACACAUCGGAUCACGACGGGAAAAAAAGGGAAAGCUGGAGCGGCGGCCUGGAGCUGAUGCGCCUCGUCCGAGAAUAAAGGGAUCAAGUCGGCGAUGAUCCGCCGCGCCGCGCGCCGCAGCUGAAGCCAGAGAUCGGCGCCGCCCGGGCCGCUUCCUGGACCUCCGUCCGCCCCGCGGUGACAGCGGCUCGGCAGCCCUGCAGCAGCGGCAGCGGAGCCCGGUCCGAACCCCCUCCCUCCCUCCGUCCCUCGCCCCUCCGCCCCGGCAGCUCUGCCUCCAGCCCGGCUCCGCUCGGCUCGGCUCGGCUCGGCUCGGCUCGGCUCGGCUCGCGCUGCCCGCGCUGAGACGCUCCGCUCCGCUCCGCCGCUCCCAGGCUAGCGCGGCUAGCUGCCCUCGGCUAGCUCGCUAGGCUAGUCCGGAAUUUGUCAAGUUUCCCUCCGGACCUCGGCUCGUCGCCUCCGGCCCGCAGCGGCCAGGAUGUCGGUGAAAGAGACGAACAAGCAGUCGACCGUGGAGCGACCCGUCAAAGCCGUGCCGUACCCCCCCGGGACCCGGCUGGGCGUGGCGGACCUGUACGUGGACGGCCGGCCCAGCGUGGAGCUGCUGAAGGCCCACCUGGUGAAGGAGGGCCGGCUGCAGGAGGAGGCGGCGCUGCGCAUCAUCAACGAGGGCGCCGCCAUCCUGCGCCAGGAGAAGUGCAUGCUGGAGGUGGAGGCCCCCAUCACAGUGUGCGGAGACGUCCACGGCCAGUUCUUCGACCUGAUGAAGCUGUUUGAGGUGGGCGGGUCCCCCAGCAGCACCCGGUACCUCUUCCUGGGAGACUACGUGGACCGAGGCUACUUCAGCAUCGAGUGUGUAUUGUACCUGUGGGCUCUGAAGAUCAACCACCCAAACACCCUGUUCCUGCUCAGAGGAAACCACGAGUGCCGACAUCUCACAGAGUACUUCACCUUCAAACAGGAGUGUAAGAUAAAGUACUCGGAGUGUGUGUACGACGCCUGCAUGGAGGCGUUUGACUGCCUCCCUCUGGCUGCUCUUCUUAACCAGCAGUUCCUCUGCGUCCACGGAGGCCUGAGUCCCGAGAUCACCUGUCUGGACGACAUCCGCAAGCUGGACCGCUUCAAGGAGCCGCCGGCCUUCGGGCCGAUGUGCGACCUGCUGUGGUCGGACCCGGGCGAGGACUACGGCUCGGAGAAGACGCAGGAACACUUCUGCCACAACAGCGUGAGGGGCUGCUCCUACUUCUACAGUUACCCGGCAGUGUGUGACUUCCUGAUGAACAAUAACUUGUUGUCUGUAAUUCGAGCACAUGAAGCUCAGGACGCCGGGUAUCGAAUGUACAGGAAGAGCCAGACGACAGGUUUUCCUUCUUUAAUCACGAUCUUCUCUGCUCCGAACUACCUGGACGUCUACAACAACAAAGCCGCGGUGCUGAAGUAUGAGAACAACGUGAUGAACAUCCGGCAGUUCAACUGCUCCCCUCACCCCUACUGGCUGCCCAACUUCAUGGACGUCUUCACCUGGUCGCUGCCCUUCGUCGGAGAGAAAGUGACGGAGAUGCUGGUGAACGUGUUGAACAUCUGCUCUGAUGACGAGCUCAUGUCUGAAGGAGACGACACCGGAGAAGGUGGCGCUCCAGCCGUCAGGAAGGAGGUGAUCAGGAAUAAGAUCCGGGCCAUUGGGAAGAUGGCUCGAGUGUUCUCCGUCCUCAGGGAGGAGAACGAGAGCGUCCUGCAGCUGAAGGGUCUCACCCCGACAGGAACUCUUCCUCUGGGCGUUUUGGCCGGAGGACGGAGAACUCUGCAGAGCGCCACCGUAGAGGCCGAGGAGGCACGAGCCAUCCAAGGAUUCAAACCGCAGCACAAGAUCCAGAGCUUCGAGGAGGCGCGCGGCCUGGACCGCAUCAACGAGCGCAUGCCGCCGCGCCGCGACAGCACGCAGCACGACGCCGCCGCCGCCGCCGCGCCGCCGCUCAACAACCUGCCGCCAGACAAGAACGGAACCAACGCUCAGGCCUGAAGGGGGCGCCGCCGCCGCUGCUCCCUGCUCCUCCCCCUCCUUCCUCCUGCUGCUCCUCCUUCCUGCUUUUCCUUCUGCUGCACCUCCUCCUCCUCUUCCUCCUGCUGCACCUCCUCCUCCUCUUCCUCCCUCCUCUUCCUCCUCUUCCUCCCUCCUCCUCCUCUCCCCUCCUCCUCCUCCUCUCUCCUCUUCCUCUCUCCUCUUCCUCUCUCCUCUUCCUCUUCCUGCUUAAUUUAUUGGAUCAUGUUUGAAUCUUCGGGUUUAAAGACUGAACAGUUUAAAUCUCAAGCGUCCGCCCCGCCCCCCCUCCUCCGGAGCCCGGUUCGAGUCCCGGUCUGCUCCACUGCUCCACCGCUGCAUCCGUCUGACUGACACACACACACACACACACACACACACACACACACACACACACACACACACACACACACGUCUUGCCAACAUCAGUGUGACUCUGCCGAGCGAGUGUCGGUCGGUGUUUUUAUGAUUGUUUUCAUUUGAACUGUUUCCUGUUUUUUCUUUUUUUUUUUGGUUGUUUUUUUUACAUGUGAGCUGAAACGGACCGAGUGGGUGGAGGAGGGGAGGGGGGGAUGGGGGGGGGGGAUGGGGGGGUGAGGACGGGGGUUCGGGGGUGUUAAAGGAUUUUUCCAGUUUAUUAGUCAAAUCUGCAGCUUCAAAAUGACUGAAAAUAUUUCAGUUUUUUUUUUAAAUCAGUGGAAAAAGCUGAAAACGACGAAUCAGCUGCUGUUUAUCUCGUUUCAGCGAAAUUCAAGGUGACGUUUAAUAUUUCUGCUUUUUCUUUCAGAUCCGUGUCUAAAAUGUUCUGAUAAAUGUACAAAUAUUAAGAGAGAAUAUUCUGAGAAUAAAUGAUUUUUUUUUGUUUGGAGGAAAUGAAAUUAAAAUUGUCUGAAUUUAAAAAUGUCCUCUAAAGGCCUCCUGCUGGGCCUCCAGCCUCAUGUUUGGCCCCGGUGGAGGCAGCUGAGCGGAGUUGCACAUAAAGUGGAAAAACCCUGAAGAGGAGGUGGAGCAGCGGCUCGCUCCUCCCUGAAUGUACAGACGGUUCGAAUCCCUCCGACCCGAGACGGAGGCGACUUGUUGUGGCGUUCAGGUCCCGUGGGACCUCUCAUUUCUUUACAUGUUUCACUCCAUUCAAAUAAAAAAAGACCUGAAAUGC